AUGGCUAACGAGGCCGGUCGAAAUGACCAAGAACAAGAAUUUCAAUUAAUGAUUUCUCGUCAAAUAACGCGGUUUAAAAAAUUUGUUGCUGAUUCAAACAAUAAUUCAAAAAUCACAGAAAUUUACACUCGUAUGCAAAGAAUGGAACUCAUCUUUGAUGAAUUUAACAAGGUUCAAACCGAAAUUGAGCAAUAUGAUGAAUCCGAACAAAAUUUCUCCGAGCGAGUCACCUUUGAAGAUGAUUAUUAUGAAACGGUAGCAAAGGCAAAAAAAUUCGUCGGUCAAUUUGAAACAUUCAAUGUUAAAUUGCCACCUUUGUCUCUGCCCGAAUUUGACGGCAGUUAUGAUAAAUGGUUAACAUUUUACGAUGCAUUUUCGGCUCUCAUCCAUAAUAAUCCUAAUUUAGAUCGUAUCAAUACAAUUCGUAAACUUAAAGCUUGCACUAAUUGCCUUCGACUAGGACAUAAAGUUUCGAAUUGUCAAGGAAGUUCAUGCAGAAUUUGUGAUAAAAAACAUAAUAGUUUACUGCAUUUAUCUAUUACUAAUAAAAACUCACAUCAAAAUUGCGACAUUACGGAUAAACAUAAUAUUUCCAAUAAUGAAGCGCACGCCUCUGUUAAUAAUUCUUCACAGAACUUGCCAAUCAAGUCUGAUGAAAAACGAGUCGAAAGAAAUGAUAGUAAACAAAGUGUUGUUGCUUGUGCUCAAAAUAUUUUAACUUUAACUGCUUACGAUAACGAUUCAUUUGUUUUACUUACAACCGCACUUUUAAAAAUUGAAUAUAAAGACGGCGAAUCCAUGAUUUGUCGAGCGCUUUUAGAUGCCGGUUCUCAGUCAAAUUUCAUAAGUCAGGAAUUAUUUGAAAGAUUGAAUAUUCAAGGGACAGAUGUUCAUAUAAAAGUUAUAGGAAUAAACGGCAAUAUAAGUUUUAUUAAUAAUGUUAUUAAAUCACUAAUUAAAUCUAUAAACUCCAAUUAUAAUGUUAAUUUACAAUUUUUGGUAUCCAAUCAGAUAACGACUGACACACCCCACAUGGACUUUGAUACGUCUCAUCUCAAAAUUCCUAAUAAUAUUGAUUUGGCAGAUCCACAAUUUAAUGAAUCCAGUAAAGUUGAUAUACUUUUGGGUGCCGGUAUUUUUUAUCGCUUAUUAUUACCCGGUCAAAUUUCUCUAGGAAAGGGUCGUCCUAUUCUACAAAAUACAGAACUCGGUUGGAUUGUAGCAGGUACAAUCAGUUGUCCGAGUAUAAAUAAUAGAAAUUUUUCUGUGUGUAACUUGUCAAGGUCAAUGAACAAUCUUGAAAAUGGAUUAGAGAAAUUUUGGUUGAUAGAAGAAAUUCCGUCUUUGAAAAAUAACUAUACCGAGGAAGAAAAUGAAGUAGAGAGUCAUUUUCAACAGACUUAUAGUCGUGAUAAUUAUGGUAACUUUAUUGUCCGCUUACCUUUUAGGGACAAUCUAGAGCAGUUGGGCGAAUCAUAUGAUAUCGCAGUCAAUAGAUUUCAAUCCUUGGAAAGAAAACUCGGUAAAAAUCCUACAUUGGAAGAAAAUUAUAGUAGUUUUAUAAAUGAAUGUAUUAACUUAGGACAUAUGUCUGAAUUAAAUAAUUUUAAUUUCAAUUUACAGCCAAGCUUUUUCUUACCUCACCACGCUGUAAUAAAAGAGUCCUCAAUGACCACGCGACUUCGUGUUGUUUUUGACGCCUCCAGUAAAUCCACUUCGAGUUUAAGUUUAAACGAUAUAUUAAAAACAGGACCUUGCAUCCAGGAUACGUUAUUCUUUAUCUUAUUACGUUUUCGAUUAUUUCCGAUUGUAGUUUCCGCGGACAUCGCGAAGAUGUAUCGAUGCGUUAAAAUACAUGAAAACGAUACAAAGUUUCAAUUAAUACUCUGGCGCAAUAAUACUACAGAUCCUUUGAAAAUUUACAAGUUACUCACGGUAACAUAUGGGAUGAGCCCUGCCUCUUUUUUAGCUACUCGUUGCUUAAAACAGUUAGCUCUUGAUAAUGAAAUCAAUCAUCCUGAGGCUGCUCAAUCUAUUUUAAAGGAUUUUUACAUGGACGACUACUUAGUCUCCGUAAAGGAUAUUAAAUCUGCAUGUUUUUUAAUGAAAGAUGUAUAUAACAUUUUACUGUCGGGCGGAUUCCGUUUACGCCAAUGGUCUUCAAAUAAUGAGCAAAUUUUGAAUUUUGUUUCACAAUUAGAACCCUCUACUAAAACAGAUUAUAUUAUUAAGGACGAACAAAGUUGCAGUAAAACUUUAGGUACGGUCUGGAACUUUUCAGAGGAUAUUUUAAAAUAUGUUACAAAUCCCGAAUCUGGUCCAGAUCACUACAAGAUCUUCACAAAGAGACGAAUUUUAUCCGUUAUCAGUCAAAUCUUUGAUAUUCUAGGUCUUAAAGGUCCCGUUAUUACGCGCGCGAAAUUAUUUAUGCAAAAAUUGUGGGGUUUAAUAAUAGGUUGGGAUGAUCCAGUACCCGACAAUGUUCUAAUUUCAUGGCUACAGUUUUACAAUAGUUUGAAAUUAAUUGAAAAAUUAAAAAUUUCACGACAUAUUUUAAUAACAGAUUUCAUAUCCAUAGAAAUGCAUGUCUUUACCGACGCUUCUCAGUACGCUUAUGGUACUCCAAUUAAUUUCAGGUCCAUGAAUUCAUUGGACACAGUAAAUGUAAAUCUAGUUUGUUCCAAAUCUAGAGUUGCUCCUUUGAAAGUAAUUUCUAUCCCUCGAUUAGAGCUUUGUGCCGCAUUGUUAGGUGUUGAAUUAGCGCACACAGUAAUAAAGGCAACAGAAAAUGAAAUUAAAAUUGAUAAAAUAUUUUACUGGUGUGAUUCGACCAUUGUGUUGGCUUGGAUAUCAUCGGAAUCCAGUAAACUCAAAACGUUCGUCGCAAAUCGCGUAUCAAAGAUACAGACUUUUUCCCAUAGUCACCAGUGGCGUUACAUAUCAACGGAUUUGAAUCCAGCUGACUACAUAUCUCGAGGUGUCCACCCAGGAGAAAUACAAGAAUUAGAUUCGUGGUUCUUUGGUCCUAAAUUCCUUUCAAGUAGCAAUCAAUAUUGGCCUAAUAACAUUGAAACUCAAUCAAAUACCGAUUUACCUGAAUUGAAACAGCCGCCCAACAAAAUAUUGUUAACCAAAGAAUGUGUUAAAUUUGACGUCUUUUAUAAAUAUUCUUCGUUUAAUAAAUGUAUUCGUAUAAUCGCCUACCUUUUGCGAUUUAAAAAUAACUUAAAGGUUAAGCCCAAGCAGAGAGAUUUAAAUAAGCUUAAAAUUUCCGAAUUAGACGAAGCUAAAAUAAUUUUAAUUAAACAUUUUCAACGCAAACAUUUUGCUAUUGAAAUCAAAGAUUUAUUAAGACACAAACAAGUUUCAAAAAAGAGUAAACUCUUCCGCUUGAGUGUUUUUCUCGACGAGAGGGGUAUAAUAAGAGUCGGGGGACGAUUGAAAAAUACUAAUUUAAAUUUUGACAAUAAACAUCCAAUUAUUCUGCCUGCAAAAUGCCACUUAACAUCUCUUAUUGUGAGACAUUUUCAUUUUAAAUACUUGCAUGCCGGACCACAAACUCUAUUAUCUGUUAUUAGACAAAAUUAUUGGCCUAUGCAAGGUCGAAAUUCAGUUAGAGGAAUUUUAAGAAAAUGCGUUAUUUGUUUUAAAGUAUCACCUUCUGCAGGCCUUCAAAAAAUGGGUGAUCUACCGUCAACCCGAGUACAACCUUCUAGAAUAUUUUCUGUACUUGGAGUAGACUAUACGGGACCAUUCUUAAUUAAGAAUAGUUUUUUGCGAAAUACCAAAUCGAUAAAGGCAUGGAUAUGUAUUUUUAUAUGUUUUGCUUCUAAGGCCAUACAUAUCGAACUGGUAACUGAACUAUCAACUAAUAGUUUCUUGAAUGCGUUUAAAAGGCUAAUCGCUCGCAGAGGUUUUCCUUCGGAAAUCUAUUCGGACAAUGGGUCCAAUUUUGUCGGUGCGUCCAAUCUUAUAAACGAAAUCAAAGAUGAUGUAUUCCGAAAUUUUCUAAUUGACAAUCGCAUUAUUUGGCAUUUCAUACCACCGCGAUCUCCACAUCAUGGCGGAUUGUGGGAAAGCGCUGUACGACUCACAAAAUAUCAUUUAAAGCGAGUUUUACAGAACACUCUUCUAACUUACGAGAAUUUCUAUUCUUUAUUGGUUCAAAUUGAAUCUAUAGUAAACUCACGCCCUCUGACUCCGCUUAGUGAAGAUCCAGACGACUCGGAAGUUUUAACACCUGGACAUUUUAUAAUUGGUGCUCCUCUAACUUUCUUACCAGAAAACUCAUUAGACGUUAAACAUUCUAGGUUAAGUUGUCGCUAUAAACAAUUGCGAGCUUUAUUUGAACAGUUUUGGAGGAGCUGGUCUCGCAGUUAUCUACAGACUCUUCAAGAACGCCCCAAAUGGCAAGUUGCAAAUGACAUUUAUAAGGUCGGUCAAUGCAUCGUGUUACAUGAUGAUGCUGCUCCAUUAGCCUGGAAGAUUGGAAGAAUAAUGAACGUACAUCCUGGUGCUGAUGGGCACAUUCGAGUGGUAACUGUUAAAGUGAAAAACGCUAUAUUUAAACGUCCUGUUACUAAAAUCAGUGUUUUGCCUAUUUAUGAUCAAUCCUAA